AAUACCUACGUGAGGCCCGACCGGCGCGAAAGCUCAGCUCGCGACAGUUGUCGCUCGGUCGCUCUCAAGAAGCCAUCCAGGCUUCGUCGUGAAGCAACCCGGAGGACGAGGCUCUCGAAGGACAACCCUCGCAGAAGAGAGACUUCCGAAGGACUCUCCGGCGAGCCUCCGAGAACUCUUGGAAGGAACUAAUCGAGCGACUCUAAAGGGAUUCUCGCCCCUUCAAGAGUCUGUCGAAGAACUCUCAAGGGAUUCGCGAAGAGUCCUUAGGGCGGGAGUUCAUUACAAGACUUCGAGAUGGUGAAUCUAAAGAGCGCCUUGGGCGCUGAAGAACUCACCGACGUGAAGGCUGGUCUUCCUCGCGCCCUCCUGGCGGAAUUCCUCGGCACCCUGCUGCUGAACUUCUUCGGGUGCGGUGCGGUAGCAACCUCAAACGUCGUCGCCAUCAGCCUGGCCUUUGGAUUGACGGUGAUGGGCGCGAUUCAAGGGAUAGGUCACGUUUCCGGGGGUCACGUCAAUCCAGCGGUCACAUGUGGCCUCCUCGUCGUCGGGAAGGUGCCGGUCGUCAGGGGCAUCCUGUAUAUCAUGGCGCAAUGCACGGGUGCCAUUGCGGGAUCAGCAAUCCUGAAGGCACUCUCAUCGGACACGAUGGAGCAUCUCUUAGGGGUGGUGGAACUCGGCCCCGGGGUGACGCCUGUUCAAGGAUUCGGGGUGGAGUUCUUCCUCGCCCUGAUCCUGGUGCUGGUCGUUUGCGGCGCGUGCGACGCCGCUAAGCCGGACAGCAAGGGUGUCGCGCCUCUCAUAAUCGGCCUCGCCGUCACCGUCGGCCACAUCGUCGGCAUACCGCGGACAGGCGCCGGAAUGAACCCGGCGCGUUCAUUGGGUAGCGCCGUGGUGAUGAACGCUUACGAAAACCACUGGCUGUACUGGGUAGGUCCAAUCCUGGGCGGCAUCGCCGGCGCGCUACUCUAUGUGCACGCGAUCGGGCCCGCCAAGGAGCCGGAAGUGCCCGCCAGGACCUACGCCUCCGUCGCCACCGAGGAGAAGGAGAGGUUCGAGUACAUUGACAGCGGACGUGGCGGGCUUUAAGAUACGAAGGUGCCGAGACAUACAAGAGUGCGAUUCGCCCGUACAAAAUAUAUCACUUUCAUGAAAAUAGAGAAAGAGAAAAUAAAUCAACGAAUCGUCAUUAUUUUACAGCUGCAGAAUCUUACAGGCAAGAAAAACGUCAAUCCCGCUUGACGCCCUAACAGAAUUUUAACCAUCUCCCACCAGCUCGCCGAAACAUCUUAUCAAUAACGUGAUAAGAAUUAUCCGACUGCUUUUUUACGAGAAAAAAAAGUACUAAGCGCUUUUUGCGAUAAAAGCCAAGAACUGUAUAGAAAUAAACUUUUUCUCUCUUUUAAUGAGACACACGCCAAACGUAACGAUUUUCUCUUUUCAUCACUAUUCAAUAAAUUAUUCAAAUAUCUAAAGCUUAAUUGCUUAUUUGUAAAUAAAUUUCUUUUGUCGUGCAAAAAUGGCGAUCGUCCAAAGAUCGUCUGAAAAUGAAUUUUGCGAAAUGCUCUCCGUCGAUCGUUUCCGCGUCGAUUAUGCAACGAGAUAAGAACGAACGAUACCGACAAAUUGAGAGAAAGCCAAAGAGAUUUGUUUCCGCCACAUAAUACUAUACGGUGACGACAUCUCGUGCCAUGUGGAGCGACACGUGCAGUCGAUAUUGCAGUUGUAGAGAACACGUUGCGCCUUGAUAACAACGUGAUCGCUCGACUGACUCGGGCAUGAAGUCCCACCGCGACUCAUUAAUAAUCGAAAAAUCAUGCAAUUCGCUAGUUGUCAUUACAUGCAGUUUUACGUGUCGACACGCGUUAAUACUUAAUAAUUAAAUGUUCAUUAUAUGGCGCAUGGAUGCGCUUAACUCGCCUCUACGUACAAUCUUUCGUGAUCUUUCGUACUCGUGCGCAUUCAUUCCUUUCUCCACACACCUUUAAAAACAUUUGUACACGCGAGAUAAUAUUUUAUAGGCAGUCAUUGAUAUCUUAUGAAAAAGCGCCUUGCCAAAAUAUAAAAUCGAUCCGCAUAUUUCAUACGCUCGCAGCAAUGUGCAUUUCUUCCACAAAUAGAAGUUAUAUAGCAUUACUGCAUAAAACCAUAUUUAUGUAAUAAUUACUAUAACAGCAGAAUAUAUAAGUACAUGUUAUGUACAAUGUGUUAUAUGGAAUAAAGUCUAAGUUUUUAUAUAUAAA